CGACGAUUCUUUAGGAGCCGAGAGUGACGAGGUACUGCAAUGGCUGCAGGAGUCCUGUUGGAAAAUGAAUUGCCUUAUUGUUCUCUGGUAAAGAGCAGCACAUAUCUUUCAACUAUGAGUUCAGGUAAUUGGCGUCCAACUGCAAAAUACACUAAAGUUGGAGAGCACCUUCGUCAUGUAAUUCCUGGCCAUAUGCAGUGCUCCAUGGCUUGUGGUGGCCGGGCUUGCAAAUAUGAAAAUCCAACUCGGUGGAGUAAUGAGGAGCAGGCUAUUAAAGGACUUUACUCAUCCUGGGUAACAGAUAACAUAUUAGCCAUGUCUCGACCCUCAACAGAAAUCAUUGAGAAGUACAAUAUUAUUGAGCAGUUCCAAAGAUGCGGCAUAAAAACAAUAAUUAACCUUCAGCGUCCUGGGGAACAUGCUAGCUGCGGGAAUCCACUGGAACAAGAGAGUGGUUUUACUUACAUUCCUGAAGCUUUCAUGGAGGCGGGAAUUUAUUUUUAUAACUUUGGAUGGAAGGAUUAUGGUGUGGCUUCUUUCACUACUAUCCUCGAUAUGGUAAAAGUGAUGACUUUUGCCUUACAGGAAGGAAGGGUAGCUAUUCAUUGCCAUGCCGGACUUGGCCGAACAGGUGUUUUAAUAGCUUGUUACUUGGUUUUUGCAACAAGAAUGACUGCAGAUCAAGCAAUUGUUUAUGUCAGGACAAAGAGGCCUAAUUCAGUUCAAACUAGAGGACAGCUUUUGUGUGUAAGGGAGUUCUCUCAGUUCUUAAUUCCACUUAGGAAUGUUUUUGCUUCCUGUGAGCCCAAAGCUCACGCAGUUACUCUUUCCCAGUACCUGAUCCGACAGCGACAUUUGCUUCAUGGUUAUGAGAGCAGACACCUCAAGCAUGUGCCAAAACUUAUUCAUUUGGUUUGCAAACUGUUGUUGGAGUUGGCUGAAAACCGGCAAGCGAUAGAGGAGGAAGUAGUAGAUUUACCAGACCUGUCCGCUGAAAUUGAAGAGACUGUUUUUCAGUUAGAUUCCACACAGCUUGAUAAAGAGUUAACAAGGCAAGACAGUAGUACAUCAGAGCCGUUCUCCCACUCAGGAUCGACUACUCUUCAUUUAGGCAGUCAUGAAUGUGAUCCUCUUUGGAAGAGGAGGAAUAUUGAUGGCCUUCAGCCUCUGAGUCGUGCAAAAAGGCGCCUGAGCUACAGUGACUCAGAUUUAAGGAGAGCUGUAUUUUUCUCUGAGCAUGGAGAAACACCAUGGUCAGUGCCUGUCCAAGUGCCGCUCGGCAACAAAACAAACCAACAGAACAAUGAAGAGGAUUGUCAAAGUCUCCGGGCUGAGAUAAAUAAAGAACUCUUAGUUCGUAAUACAUUUACUUUCUGGAGUCAGGGUAAAUUUAAUUUAGAUGGAAAAGGAGGUAGUUCUCCACUUUGCCAUAAAAGUAGAUAUCCUAAAGAAGUACAGCGCAGUAAAACGUUUUCUUCAGGCCUUAGAUGUGAUUGGGAGGAAGAGGAUGAGGAAGAUGAUGAAGAGCUAAGAGCAUUAAACUACAACUGUCGCAAAAGAACAUGGUCCUCUGAGGAUUCAGACUCUUCUAAAGCAGAGCAUGAGAGCCGUGACUUUAGAGAACUCUGUGAAAAUAUUCCCCAUAUCGUUGUGCAGUCAGAACUAACCCUGGAGGCCCGAAGAAUUUUAGCAGCUAAAGCCCUUGCAGAUCUAAAUGAAUUUAUGGGAGCAGAAGAAGUAAAUGGCAAGGUGGAAAUGUGGCAGAAAGAACUAAAUUCUCAAAAUGGAGCCUGGGAUAGGAUAUGCGCUGAAAGAGACCCUUUUAUCCUCAGUGGUCUGAUGUGGUCCUGGAUAGAACAACUAAAAGAACCUGUCUUAACUAAUGAUGAUAUUGAUUUACUUGCAAAAAUUGGCAUAGACUCUCAAGAAGGACUUAAAUUGCUAGAGAAGGGAAAAUAUCAUACCAUAUUAUGUAUCUUAAAGUGUGUGGUGAAUUUACAAACAAUACCAACAGAUGUGGAAGAACUUCUUCUUGAUCGUGCUAUCAAAGCAUUCACAAAGAUGAAUUUUGAUUCUGAGGGUGGCCCGUAUGUUUACAACACUCUAAGGAAUGUUUUCAAACAGAUACUGGAUCACCAAAGACAAGACUGCAGAGAAGGAACAGGAAACCCCGUUUGACAUUCAUACUUCUAAAUUAUAGUUCUCUGUAGCCCUCCAAAAUAAACUUUCAUUUGUCAGCUGUUAUAAUUUGUAUCUCUUGGACUGUGUUAACUAAAUUUUAGUUGAUUCUGGUUAUUAAAUAACUGCAACUUAUUCAUUCAUAGAUAUAUAUGAGUUGCCACUUUGUGUUUGUACUGUAGAAUUUUGAUGCUUUGUUGUAAAAGUAACAUUUUGUUGAGUUAGAAGGUUUUUCAUUAAUAAGCUACAUUUUCAAGACAAACUGUUGCCAUAAAUUCAGUGCCACAUUAUGCAAUGGUUUAUUUAGUUGAUGUUUGUAUAUUAACAUUUUAAGUAUAUGUUAUGAUGUUUACAGCAGUAGUAUUACAUUUUACGUUGUGAUAACUAAACAUUUACUUAUUUUGACAACUAUUAUACAACUGUAUGGAUUUUCCUUGGGAAUAAAAAAAGAACUGCCAAACAAACUUGUAUAAAAAUGUAUCUAAGAAAUACAGAAUUGGGCAAUCUGUGGAGCAUAGGUCCUUGUUAGAAAAUUGAAAAUAUUUUUAACACUAUAAAAAUGUAUUACUCUCCCUUGUGUUGGAAAAUUGAAACAUGAGACCUAUAUUAUCUCAGA